AUGAGUGCACCAACACCUCAACCCUAUGAUACAAUUGUCAUUGGGCUGGGCUCUGCUGGUACAACGGCUGCAUCAACCUUGGCUCAAGCCGGAAAAAGAGUCUUAGCUUUGGAAGCUCAAGAUCGCAUUGGUGGGAGAGUAAAUACAGUGCCCUUUGGUGAUGGACUCGUGGAAGUUGGAGCAGAAUGGAUCCAUGGCACCCAACCUAGUCGAGUUUACGACCUGGCAAUAGCUAACCACGUAACAUUAAUACCACAGGAACUGGAGUUCGAAGUAUAUCGCUCCGAUGGUACCACUGCAGACACGGAGUUGGUGAAAGAGCUGUUGAUGUACUGUAUAGAAGUGAUUGAAACUCCGCCUGACAAGCCUGAGGCAUUGGGGCAUUUUAUUACUAGAAAAUUAAAUGACUACUUAAAAGAGAAACACCCAGAUGUUCCCCAAAACAAAGAAUUUAUAGACAGUUUCCUCGCGUUCAUGAAUUUGCUAAUAAAUAACUAUGAAGCUGCUAACGAUUGGAACGAUGUCAGCGCGUAUACGAAAUACGAGGACUUGGGUGGUCACCAGCACAUGAGCUGGCAUAGAUACGGCUAUAAGACUUUCUUUGAUAUUUUGUUGAAUAAAUACAACAACGGCCCCGGCCUGCCAACCCUAGAAAUAAAGCUAAACACAGAAGUGACAAAGAUCAUCUGGCCACAAGACCCUAAAGAGAGUGUGGCAGUGACGACAAAAGACGGGACCAUUUAUACUGCCAAUAAUGUUAUUGUUACGGUGUCGUUGGGCGUCUUGAAAGAACGACAUCUCACCCUCUUUCAACCUCGAUUGCCCCCCAAAAAUAUCGCUGCCAUAGAUUUCAUAUCAAUGGGUGUAAUAGACAAAAUCAUUAUUUCAUUCAAAGAGGCCUGGUGGCUUCGAACCAUUUCAUUUUAUGCCUUCAUUUGGACUAAGGACGAGUUGGGACAAGUGGGCCGAGAUGACACGUGGAUUACGAAGAUCUUUGGGGCGAGUACGCCCAGAGGCUCAAAUAACACCCUUACGCUAUGGACUAACGGAGAUAUGGCCAAAUUGGUAGAAACACUUCCAGAAGAGGUUGUAAAGAGGAAAGUCGUUGAGUUGCUGAGGCGAUUCAUGGGGCACAAGUACACGAUACCUGAACCUACAGGUAUGAUACGGUCGACAUGGUUCACAAACCCGUUCACCCGUGGCAGUUACACAUACGACAAUCUGGACGUCUCAAAACACCCAACAGCCCGUGCAGACCUCGGCGCCCCACUCCUUGACUCGGCCAUGAAACCAAGGGUCUUGUUCGCUGGUGAAGCCACUAAUGAGAUACAUUUCUCCACGGUUCACGGGGCUAGUGAAACUGGUUACAGGGAAGCUAUGAGGUUGUUGCCAACUGAUAGUAAGAUUUAAGAUAAAUGUCCGAAUUAAAAGCAGUCUUGAGUUGAGGCGGGAUUGAGUCAAAUCAAGACAUUCUCGAACUUGAACUUGUAAUUAAGCACUACUCAUUAAGAUGUUUUAACGAAACACUUCAUUCUAGUGUCUUGACAACGAAUUGUGAUUCUAUAACAUGACAAGAAUACUAACAGAAGGAGUUAACUGCAGUAUUGAUUUUUACAUAAUAAAAAAGUCAAGUCAGCCUUGAAUAUGCUUAAUGAAGCCCUUUUUCUUCAUCAUAUAGAAAAAAAUUAAGAUGUGACUAUAUUACUAACAUCAUAAACAAUAACUUUUGUUCAAUGACUAAGUAAACUUUUAAGUUUUUGUUCUACUCUCUGAUUCU